AUCCCAUUUGAGUGCAUCCAUCAGUCACGAAUCGCAUUCAUCCAUGACAAACCCUCUGCUAGUGAAGAAGACGAAGACUUGCUCCAGUAGCUUACCCUUUGCUCUCCCCUGAGCUCGGUCCCCAUCGCCAGCGUCGUGCAAAUUUCGGCCGCGAUGGCUUCGGAAAAGAAGAUGCAGAACUCCAUGCGGGAGAUUAAAGUGCAGAAGCUUGUCCUCAACAUCUCAGUGGGAGAAAGUGGUGACAGAUUGACUCGUGCGUCCAAGGUGCUGGAGCAGCUGAGUGGGCAGAGUCCUGUCUUCUCCAAGGCUAGGUACACCGUUCGUUCCUUCGGUAUCAGGCGUAAUGAGAAAAUUGCAUGCUACGUUACUGUUCGUGGUGAGAAAGCGAUGCAGCUUCUUGAGAGUGGCUUGAAAGUGAAGGAAUACGAACUGCUGCGCCGCAACUUCAGCGAAUCUGGAUGCUUUGGGUUCGGUAUCCAGGAGCACAUCGAUCUUGGUAUCAAGUAUGAUCCUUCAACAGGUAUCUACGGUAUGGACUUCUAUGUCGUUCUUGAACGGCCAGGCUACAGGGUUGGAAGGAGGAGGAGGGCCAAGUCCCGAGUUGGUAUUCAACACCGAGUGACUAAGGAAGAUGCUAUGAAGUGGUUUCAGGUUAAGUAUGAGGGAGUUAUCCUGAACAAGUCGCAACAAAUCGCUUAGACCUUAGUAUCUACUGCAUGUCCAAGUCUUUCAUCCUUAAGGAAGAGCAGGUGGACCUUGUUUUUUCACGCAGCUGAUCCGAGAAAAAUUCUAAUUGAUUCCCGUUUUUUUAUUCGUGUGAACAUGCAUCCAGUUCAACUAUGUUAUGGUGAAAUGCUUGAAUUAAGUUUUAGGAUAUAAUUUAUUUAAUGGUUUUGCGGUAUAUUUAGAACGCUACCAGACAAGUGAUGGGCAUUGCGCCAAGAUUUCCCCUGAUCUGGCUGUUUAGGCUUUUGAUAUCAAGAGCCGGAGUUCAACGGAUUUGAAAUCAAGAUGAAAGUGCUUCCGGAGCCAAUUUUUUUC